UUGCCUCUGCGAACUCACUAUUUUUUGUUUACUAAUCAAUAAUCAUAUUAAUUACAUGAUACAUAACAUAAUUUUACUAAAAUGUAGGUAAUUCAAGGAAGCUUUUGUAUUUUAUUUAAGAGAAUGAAUGAAAAAAUUACCGAAGGCAUGCUGGUAAGACGCAGGUUCUGUAAGCGUCUGCUGUUUCUGGCAGUAGCGUUUGUGAUAUCGUUCUACGCAUCUCUGCUGUUGUUCGGCAAGGGUCCACAAGUUAUGCGCUUAACCGACUUGAGCCAAUGUCCCGCCUGCUACGGAGUGUCCGUAUGCCCGGAGUUGUACUCGAGUCAGAUCGCCCUGGACACUUCUCACUGGACGAGCGUGUUCAAUGUCAAAAACGUUUACUACGGCUACACGAAGUCGAACCGACGAAUCGUCCUGAAGAAGCUAGCUUCUGACUCUGAACUGAAGGAGUUCGACAACGAGUUCUGUAAGACAUGGGGCUUAAAAUCCAAUUGCAAGCCGGUAGAUCUACUCAACGCUGUGAAUAUUGAUGAAAAGAUCCUAUCUAUUGUACAAUACAACUUCACCUGGCCGGACCUCGAGCCUAGACAUGGUUUGAUCGUAUGCCCCUAUGCGUACAGUGUAUAUGAUGCCAUAAGACCAAUACUCAAUAACAAGAAAAGCAACUAUAAAUCAGAAAUGUUAAACAUUUGGACAAUGCUCAGUAUCAAUCCGGAGCCUAUUAUUUUGCAGAUAAUACCGAAGUCAUAUGGCUGGCCUGUGCCUGCAUACGGGGGUGUCUGCGGCCGACUGGAGGUGGUGGCCCACGAAGGAGAGCCGCUGUCCCAAAUGAUGCAUGUGGAUUGGUACACAAAACUUAAGUACGCACAAAAAAUACUCAAUGCUGCAAUGGACUUUACAUUCAAGCAUGAGAGGUUUCGUUUUUACCUCAUGGAUUGGUCUUUAGAUAAUAUAGUUGCAAAUGAAAAAGAUGAGAUUACAUUUGUAGAUUUAGAAGAUGUUAUCAUACUGGACAAACAUAUUUCUCCGAAGAAAGAUCUUCCCGAGUGGUACGAGCGCUACAGUAGGGAGGUUUUAGGCUCAGGCUUUACAUUUUCCAUAGAAAAUAUUUGUAAAUCACACUUGAGUGACCAUAACCUGUGGGCUGCCUGUUACACACUAGCGGGAAGUGAGAACCCUCUGCUGUACCCUAUACCAAAGGAAGUAGACACAUCCAGACCUCACCUUGACCGUCUUCUGCACAUGUGUCUUUAUGGAGACAAUAGGUUCGGUACGAUGAGCAAACUCCAGCAUGUGAUUGAUGAGAUGCUCACAGACAACAAAUUAUUUAAAUCAAGAUGAUAAGAAAAAAAGAACUUAAAUUAACAGCGUCUGUCUGUAUGUCUGUGAUAUUACAUUAUAUUUGUAGCUUAUUACCAUAGUAUGAUUUAUUUGCAUUUAAUGUUUGUGUAUAAGGUAAAAUUACGAAUCUCUUUAUGUGUAGUAAAAUAAUACAAAAUAUGCACACGGGCCGUUUUAAAUUAUCUGAAUAAUUAAUAAAUAUAUUUUAACUACAUAAU